UAAAAAACAUCAACGGUUUGCAGAUCAAACCUUUUAUCACGUCGUUACUCUGAUAAUUGAUGCUUUGGCAUCAGUUGGCCUAGUUGUCUAACCGUCUGUUUAAAACUCCACAUUUCUACUUCACACAGAAACGGGCAGAACGCCAAGCUACAUUCUGUUUACAAAGAAAGGCACUAUACAGCUAUGAAAAGACGCAUUCGGUUUUCCGCAACUAACGAUGACGAUUCCUUGAAACAGCGUCAAAAUCAUGACCUGGUGGAUGAAGCGCAGUUUUCUCGAUUUCCUCUACUCGAGUCCCGUACUUCUCAACUGAAAUGAUCGUACGAAAAUGGACUCUCUUCACCCCCUUCUUAUUUUUCCUGUUCCGAAUGAUCGCUGUUCGUGGACAGAUAGGAGAUGGAUGUGGUUACACCAUUCUGAGAACCCAUAGUGGCACCCUAACCUCUCUCAACUUUCCUGGCACGUAUCGCAACAACACACACUGUGAAUGGCAGUUGUCAGCCCCAGAUGGCUUGGGCUUCAUCCUCAAAUUCGGGGACUUUGACUUGGAAUAUUCCCCAAACUGCACCAAUGGCUCUCUAUGGAUUGUGAUGGCUGGGAACAACAGAAAUACCCUGGGUCCUUUCUGUGGGACUAUGCACAUGAUCCAGCAGAAGAUGAUACUAAACUCCAGCGAAGUGACCAUUCGUUUCACAAGCGGCUACCAUCGGUCUGGGAGGGGAUUCCUCAUCUCUUAUGCCACUGACAGACAUCAUGAUUUGAUAUCCUGUAUGAAACGUGGCAGCCAUCUGCAUGAGCAGCAUUUUAGCGCAUACUGUCCGGCUGGCUGUGGGAACGUCAGUGGUGAUGUGUGGGGGAUGCUGAAUCCAGGAUACCGCGACACUUCAGUGUUGUGCAAAGCCGCCAUCCACGCAGGAGUGAUCUCGGAUGAGCUAGGAGGUUAUAUCUCCCUGACCCGAGAGCGUAGCCUUACUCAUUAUGAGUCUGCACUUGCCAACGGAAUUCUGUCCAAAACGGGUUCACUCUCUGAAAAACGUCUCAUCAUCAACAGAGAGUGUACAGAAACACUUCCUGUGAUUCACUUCAAUGCCUCAUCUGUUUGGACGGAGGUGGACAAAUUAGGAAACUAUGUGAAUUGGUUACCAGAGAAUGCUGACCCAGGCACCCAGGGUCCUCCGUGGGCAGCAGAAAGUACGGAUAAACUCGUGCAACUUGAGAUCGAUCUGGGAGAGAAAAAAAAUGUAACAGGCAUCAUCACCCAGGGGUCAGGAGACGGCCAUUACUUCUAUGUAACCAGAUAUAAGAUCUCCUGGAGCAAAGACAGAAGAAACUGGAAGGUCUACAAAAGCAGUGGCAACAAAGAGGAAAAGGUCUUUGAAGGAAACACUGAUGCUGAGCAGACAGUCAGGAACAAUUUCUUUCCACCCAUCCUGACACGGUACCUUCUCAUCCAGCCUCAGAAAUGGCACGACCGGGCAGCCCUCCGCAUUCACGUGCUAGGGUGCUCUGCCCUUAAAAGCAGGUCAACACGUCCUUCAGUGUCCAAUGGCUCUGGAGUGGUAUCUACUACUGUUACAAAGCUAGACGCUGCACCUUCCACUGAUGGCUCCUUUAUAGUAAAGAAUACAGACAGAGAAUUGUCCAUCAACCCUGAGGUGGCUGCACCUACUGAACGAAACCAAGAUGUUGUGUCCAUCACAGAUGGCCCAAUCAUAAUAAGGAAUACAGAAGAAUCUCCCAGUUUGAUGCUGAUUCUAAUUGUGGUGGGUUUGGUGGUUAGCCUGUGCGCAUUAGCCCUGUUGGUAUGGGUCUGCAGGAAGAAGAGGCAAAAUGGAAAGGAAUUUCAAUGUCCCCUGCAAAGAGGAAUUAAGGUCUCAAAUGGAAAAUCGUCAAGCUUUUGCUGUGAAAAUCGACCCCAUUUAGAGUCAGAGUUGACACCCUACUCCAUUGAAAGGAUCGGGCCAAGUGAUUAUAUGGAAACCCCCCAGACAGUGUAUGCAGAGGCUGAUGUAAUUCCCGGUGGGCAGAAAGCCAGCUCUACUUUUCGGCCUACUGUUGAAGAUGGCUACACCAUCCCAAUGAUCCUCAACCACUAUGACACUCCUGGAAAGUUUCAUGAAUAUGCUGAACCCCUGAUGCCUGAGCCGGAGUAUGCCACCCCUUUCAGUGAACAGUUUCAGGACUCGGGCAGUGGAGAAGGAAAAAGGGGAACUUCCAUGAUUAAAAUAGCGCCCCCGUGCUCUGGUACAUUGGCUGGAGGUGCAAGCAACAGUAUUGCACAACAGUACGACUUCCCCAUUCAAAGAUUGGAGUGCGUAGGAGAACAGGUGGACUACAACGUGCCCCAGGCCUCUGGGGGCACAGCCAGAAAGGCCAGUGUGAUUUAUGCAGAGCCACAGGCAGAAUCCCAGUGCCAGAGGACCACGGACCCUGCAGAGCACAUGUACCAUGUGCUUUUGUGAGACUUUAGUUGUAGACAUGUUAAAGAACCUUGAAAGGAUCUGGAGUCCAGUCAUAAUCUGCUAUUUCUCAUUUUUGGACAGAAGACUUUGCAGCCCAACAACACGUCUAAUGACUCAGGUGUACAUUUGCCCUAUGGUGCACAUUUCACAGAAUGAUGGGCUGCCUGCCUUCAUAUUUGCCCGGCAAGGGCAAAGCUACUUGAAGUUUUAUCAGCAUCAACUCGGCACAUCCAGAUUUUAGCCCUCUGGAUACAAUUAUAUGUGGAAGAGAAAAAAUAAAAAAGAGCACUUUAGUGCAAGUGGAUUUGGAAUUCUCGGGGAGCUCGCUACAAGGGAGUGGGAGUACAGGAGACAUAUAAUGGGGAGCGGCUGAUCAGUGCAGUGAGUUCCAAUUGCACUGCUCAGAUUUGUUUUUAUUUAGAAUCCCGUAUGUCUUAUUGUUCUGUCAGGUUUCACUGUCUUUAUCUUAAUCCCAAAAACAGUGACCACAAGGUAGGAAUGGGGAUCUGGCCAGACUGGAUUAGGAACUCUGUUCAAAUAUGAAGAGCACCUUAGAGUUGCGUGUGCUUGUGUCUUGUGUAAUUGAAAGGUUUUAAAAUUGUAAGAUGUCAUCGCAAAAGGUGCCAACCUGAGGUUACUGAGAAGACUGAAUUCUCAUUUAGCUGGAAAGAAAGUGUCAGCCUCCUUUUUGAGACUAUAAUAUCUGAAUUAGGAUUGAUUGCCCCCUAGAGGUGAUUCACCAUCACUGGAAACUGAUGGUUGUUUCUCACAAUUAUUUUUAACACCUGAAAAAAAGGAAAUCUUCUUUAAUAAAUGCACCACACAUUGCAAGAAAGAAUAUUCACUAAGCACGGACAAUCAAACAAAUAAAUAUGGGGUUGUUUCAUGUUUGCA